AUGGACAGUAGCUGCCUCAACGCGACCACCAAAAUGCUAGCGACAGCUCCAGCUCGGGGCAACGUGAUGAACACAUCCAAACCCUUGGCUUUCUCCAUCGAACGAAUCAUGGCGCGCACCCCCGAGCCCAAGGCCCUGCCGGUCCCCCACUUCCUGCAGGGAGCCGUGCCCAAAGGAGACCCCAAGCACUCCUUGCACCUCAACUCGUCGAUCCCCUGCAUGAUCCCUUUCGUCCCCGUGGCGUACGACCCUAGCUCCAAAGCCGGAGCGACUGGCUCCGAGCCGCGCAAGGCCAGCCUGGAGGCUCCGGCGCCGCCCGCCGUGGCACCCUCCGCGCCGGCGUUCAGCUGCAGCGACCUGCUCAACUGCGCGCUAAGUCUCAAGGGCGACCUGGCCCGCGACGCGCUGCCCCUGCAGCAGUACAAGCUGGUAAGGCCGCGUGUGGUCAACCACUCUUCGUUCCACGCCAUGGGCGCCCUGUGCUACCUGAACCGAGGUGAUGGUCCGUGCCACCCGGCUGCGGGCGUGAACAUCCACCCCGUGGCCUCCUAUUUUCUCAGUUCCCCUUUGCACCCACCGCCAAAAACGUAUUUAGCCGAAAGGAAUAAACUGGUUGUCCCCGCGGUGGAGAAGCUCCCUUCGGGUGUAGCUUUCAAAGACCUGUCCCAAGCUCAGCUGCAGCAUUACAUGAAAGAAAGCGCCCAACUUUUGUCAGAAAAAAUUGCAUUCAAAACCUCGGAUUUCAGCCGCGGCUCUCCUAAUGCCAAACCCAAAGUUUUCACUUGCGAAGUCUGCGGAAAGGUCUUCAAUGCACACUAUAACUUAACCCGUCACAUGCCGGUGCACACAGGAGCAAGACCCUUCGUUUGCAAAGUGUGUGGGAAAGGUUUCCGGCAAGCCAGCACUCUUUGCAGACAUAAGAUCAUUCACACGCAGGAAAAACCUCACAAAUGCAACCAGUGCGGGAAAGCAUUUAAUAGAAGUUCCACGUUAAACACACAUACCCGGAUCCACGCGGGCUACAAACCAUUCGUGUGUGAAUUCUGUGGCAAAGGAUUUCAUCAAAAAGGGAACUACAAAAACCACAAGCUGACCCACAGCGGGGAGAAGCAGUUCAAGUGCAAUAUCUGCAACAAGGCUUUCCACCAGGUGUACAACCUCACCUUCCACAUGCACACUCACAACGACAAGAAACCCUUCACCUGCCCCACGUGCGGCAAGGGCUUCUGCAGGAACUUUGACCUCAAGAAGCACGUUCGCAAGCUGCAUGACAGCAGCCUGGGGCUGACCCGCACUCCGACUGGGGAGCCAGGCAGCGAUCCGCCGCCGCCCCAGCUGCAGCAGCCGCCGCCUGCACCUCUGCCGCCAAUGCAGCCAACUUUGCCGCCUUCAGGGCCUCUGCAACCCGGGCUGCACCAAGGCCACCAGUGA